AUGGCCUUCGAGGGCAUGCGGUUUUGGUCUUCCUACGCCGAGCCUUCCGGCACUCCCUCCAGAACGGCUAUCAUGACAGGCCGCCACCCUGUGCGGACGGGUCUAUUGAAGGUGCUGUGGCCUGGCCAGACAGACGGCCUCUCGCAGGAAGAGUUCACCCUAGCCGAGGCUCUUAUGGGACUUGGGGUGUUGUUGCCAGUUUCUGGGUGCUUUUGA